AACGGUGUUCAGUUUCUUCAACCUCUUGCAGCACCUACGAGUUUUCAAGCGUUUUGUAGAAACGAAGAAACUGUUAUCAUGUCUAGGUCGGAUUCAAGUCUAAGUUUUUUUCGUGAUUGGGUUGGUUAUAAGGGUUUCUUCGGCACUCCGUCUGGUGAUUAUUGGCUUGGGCUAGAAAAUAUACACCAUCUUACCGUGGAUAGAGAAAGUACAUUGAAAUUAUCGUGGAGAUUAGCAAAUGACACUAGAUAUACCCAAUACUACAAAAACUUUACUGUGCAUGAUGAAUCAUGGUUUUACGUGAUGACAUUCACAAGUACCUAUGGCGGUUCCUCCAAAAUUAUGGGCGACAGUUUUUCAGGCUCCAAUGGCAAAAUGUUUUCGACAUUCGAUAAGGAAAAUGAUGAAAAUCCAGAUCAUUGUGCUUAUACGAUGGGUGCUGGUUGGUGG